AUGCAAAUUUUCGCGGGUUUUAUAAUUAAUAUUGGAUAUGUGAUCCUCGGAAUUGUUCAAAUGAUUGAAGUAAAAGUUAACGGAAAUGCAAUGGAAUCAAAGUGUUUGGGACUUAUCAUUGAGCAUAAAUUUUUAAUAUUCGAAUUCCCUCAUGUUGUUACUUUAACGAUCUUGGCAAUUGUGCUGGGUUUUUUAUCUUAUAAAUUAUAUCAACAAUUUGGUUGGAAUAUUUACAAGAAAAUCGGAGGGGACAUUGAUAUGCAAAAACGAUUCAAAACAUAUCUUAUUUUCGUAAUGUUGAUGAAAAUUGAUUUAUUCUUCGUCAUUGUUUUUAAUGCGUUGGUAUCACCAUUUAUGAUAUAUGAAACCAUAAUAGAAGAUGGGAUGGAAGCUGGUAUAAAAGUCUUCUUAUAUGGAUAUGUAGUGAUUUUAUUUUUAUCACUCAUAUUUCAAGUAUUAGCAUAUAAAUCAUUGGAAAAAGAAUGGAGAGCUGGAAUGAUCGUUUUUAUUAUAUUUUGGUUUAUUGCUCUAUUGGACUUUGGUUUUUUGGUUUAUCUCAUGGGAGCGUUAUUAAUUCCAUAUAAAUUAUUUUCUUUAGUAAUAUUAGCAUCUAUACUCUUGAUUUGUGCAUUGUUAACGUUCGUAUAUGCGAUAAUGGUGACAAGAAACUUUGAUAAAGGAUUAAGGGAAUAUCUUGAUAAGGAUUCCCCUAAGAAUACACAUGAAGGUUCAAAUAUUUUGUCAGAUGUUGAAAAAGGACCAAGUAGUAACGAUGAAAAUCCGAAUAGAUUUAUUAUUGAUGAUGAUUAA